CAUGAAUGGGUUCGUUACUGGAACCUAUAAUGCUUAUGCAGUAUAACAGAGGCAACGUUCUUGAAAAGCACAAAUACAUAUGACAAUGACACGUUUAGGUAUUCUCUGGAUGCUAUUUGUAGUCAAAGGCCUUCUUGCGGCUGGUUCCGAUUUUUUUAACGAUCCAUUUCGCAUCAGGCAUAGUCAAUCGAAGCUGUACUUGGACGAAAACGGUCAGCUAACAAAAAAUGUUUUUCUAUCGGAACAAUUUCUACUUAAACGCUCUUGCCACAAGGGCAGCGUUUAUUUUAUCGCACAAACAAGUGGGAAACUGCUAACUGUUAAGGGCGGUUGCGGCAAUACAGUGAUAUCACUAGAACCGAAACGGUUAACACAAAACCAGAGAUUUGAUUUUCUGGAUGGAGCUCACAUUACAAGCAAGUGUGACCCGACCUCAAUCGUUGGAUUAGCUGAUAACAAUGAGACGUUAGCUGUAAAGAAGAACGACCCCGCGGAUUAUACGAAGAAUAGGAUUGUAUUUGAAUGGCUGCAUACAAACAUAUAAGCUUUGUUUUUAAAAUCAACGUAAAAUCCAUGAUUCUAAAUAUUGAUUUUAUUUUUUCUGCUUAAAUAACGAUAAACCAUAUGCGGGGUUGACUGUAAUAUUACUAAAACAAUAAUCGAACUAAGCUGGGGAUUAUGAACACAAAUUUAAAAAAAAUGUAUGUCCUGACAAAUUUCAGGAUAGAAUACGAGCAUAACAAAUACCUACCUAUAAUGCGGUUAUUCUGUUCUAUAUUUUCUGAUAAUUUUGAUUAAAUUAAAUUGAAUGUGAAAUAACCAACUAACAAACAUUAGUCAACUAAAAUAAAAAACGAUUUUUGGGUA